AUGGGGAUGCAACAGUCGACGGCGAAUGCGUCCGGCGACGGCGCCAAGAGGGCCCUCCGCCGGCUGCCGCACGUGUACAGCAAGGUGCUCGAGCUGCCGCUCCCGGUGGACGCUGACGUCAGGGCGUUCGAGGGCACCACCGCGCUCCACUUCUUCGCGGCCUGCGGCCCCAUGGGCGAGGUGAGGGCGCGCCUUGUGAAGAUUUACCCCGGGGUCGUCAAGGUGGUGGUGGUGCACUCUGGGACCGGAGACGACGAGGAUGGCGACGACAUGGAGCUUGACAGGUGGAGGUACCGGCUGCCUGAAGACUGUUGCCCGGAGCUGGCCAUGGCCGGCUACGUCGACGGACAGCUUAUCGUGACGGUGCCCAAGGGCCGCGACGAAGGCGGCGACGGGGCUCGGAAGUGCUGCAAUGGAGCAGCAGGGGAGAUUGGUGGGAAGCUCGUGGCCGUGCAAUAA